AUGCAGGAUCCUACGUUGCAGUUUUUGCGUACUUUAGUUACCCAUGGAGAAAACAAGUACUGUUUUGAUUGUCAUCAAAGAGGCCCGACAUAUGUAAACAUCACAAUUGGCUCCUUUGUUUGUACAACAUGCAGUGGUGCUCUGAGAAAAUAUAACCACAGAGUGAAAUCUAUCUCAAUGUCAAAUUUUUCUCAAUCAGAGAUUGACUUUCUUUGCACUCGUGGAAACAAGGCAUGCCGAAAAAUAUAUUUAGCUCUGAGCGAAGAUCAAACCAUGACAGAGAAGGACUUGAAAGAUGGAGCUUUAGAUAAUUAUUUAAGACAGAAGUACCAGCUACAAAAAUGGUAUCGCGAACCAACGUCGCAGAUAGAAUCUGAAGCUUUGAAAGAAAAUCGAGAACUGCUUGAACAAUCAGAGAAAAACAUGAAUCAGAAAGGCCAACGUAAUACAUGUGGUAAUGCAGCUGCUGGACUUAUUGUUCUGCCUACUCGUUCAAGUACUAAUCUUCCUUCCCAAACUAAUCUAACCAGCGGAACAACACAAGCUGGUAAUGUCAAUGGAGACAGCUUGAUUCCACAACAAUCUGUCACGAAUCACUUCAUCUCUAGUCAAAAACAGGAUGCAUUUAAUAAAACGACCAUUGAUCCAUUCGCUUCUUUUUCCACUCCAACCUCUUCUUUUUCAAAUCUUGUUACUGUUACAAUCACCACCACCACAACAACAACAACUACUACUACGCAAUCUGAUCUCUUCGCAAAUUUCUGUCCUAAUGUCCUUAAUUCUAUAAAUAAUAAUUCAACAGUUAAAUCAUUUCCUUCUAACAUAAAUUCAACCAUAUCAAAUAUUUUCCCAAGUUCAUCAAUAAAUACAAUGUCUGGUUUUCCUGGUCCAAGUGGAGGAGAUAAGUAUGCCGCACUUGCAGAAUUGGAUGGUUUAUUUAAAAAUACCGGACUUAAAUCAAUGGAUUCAGAAAUAAUGGAAAAAGGUAUAAAUGAUAUUACAUUACCUAAAACCAAUGUGUCUAGUGUAUCAACUAGUCAAUGGGUUACCCCAUUUUCACCUCAUAUUUCUCAUUCCAAUAAUCCUGUUGUCGGAACAACACAUGGAUGGUCUGCGAAUACAUCUUUCAAGGAUAGUUUACAAUCCCUUAAUCCGUUCGCCAAUCCAACAGUUGGAGUUCAAAACUCUCCAAAUUUUAACAGAUUCCCUAAUCCAUUCACAAGUUAUCCUAUUAUGGCAGUACCUUCAAGUAUCAAUCAGUUUCAUGAAACCUUGAGUCUAUCCAAUCCAGAAAGUAAAAACCCAUUCCUUUCAAAUGCCCAGCAGUCAUUUAGUGCGAAUCCAUUUUCUAACUUAGCGAACUCUACAUCUGCCCAUUAUUAUUCACAAGUAACUGCUAGUUCUUUCUCACCCACUACACACCCAGCUAAUAAUUUUCUUACAAAAAUGAAUAAUCCCGUGAAUGGAAUGCUUGGACAACUGGGUCAUACUAAUGAUUCUACUACUCGUUAUCAAUUGUCCAAUUUCAAUCCCUUUUGA